CACCACCUCCACCACCUUAUCGUUCAACACAACGCAAUGCCACCCACCACCAUCUCCCCCUCCCCCUCCGCCUCCACCUCCAACUCCACCUCCGACAAAGAAUCGGAAGGCAUCGAUUUCUUCGACAUGAGAUCUCUAAGUUCUCAUCUCCCUCAAAAGAGGAAAGGAUUGUCGAAUUAUUUCUCUGGUAGAUCACGGUCUUUCACAUGCCUUGCUGAUGCAAAGUGCGUCGAUGAUCUUAAGAAGGAAGAGGCACCAGAGGCAAAGAGGAGGAAGUAUUUGGACCGAAGGGAGACCAUGAGUCAUUCUUCUCUCUCCUGUAGGACAGAGACAAGCAGUAGUUCCUAUUGCAGGUCUUAUGUGGGAGUGUAAUGUUUGGAGAGUAUGUUUGUUUUCGCAUUUGUACAGAAAUCAAAAAUGUUUUCAUUUCUCUUUGUUACAAAUUAAGGGAGCAAUAAUCCUGUUUAUAAUUCACAGCUUUUUAACUAUGCAACGUAUAUGUUGAUUAGUCUCUUAUCA